AGUAUGCAGCGCAACAGAUUGCUGUCUGCAGACAGAGAGAGUGAGUUUAAUGCGGGUUGUGGUGGUUUAGACAGGUUGGCUUCUGUCAAGACAAGCGUGUUUUACUUGUUUACGUGUGGCGGUUUGGUUUAGAUUGUUUACUUUCCCUCCUGUUGCCACUGAAAUAUUGGAAAAUUAUCUUUGGACUCGUAGCAUUGGAUUCCAAGGAUGUAGCAGACAUUCGUUUGCAAGCUGGACUGAGUGUGUAGAGGCCUGACUGAUGUACUGCAAACACGUUUUACGGUUCAGGUCGCCCUAAUCUCACGGCCUUCUUCUGCAUGAUACGCUGGUAGCUAGUCGUCCCGCAACACACAUGGGUGGAGUUGAUGCCCGAGGACUAAGGACCACGAGUUGCAUCAGAAGAUUCGAAGGGAUAUGUCGACUACCACCAGCUUCUCAACUACGUGGUACGGAAAUGUUGUCACCAAGGAGCUGUCAUUUCGAGAACCCUUCCAGCGGCAGUGGUGGUUGCUGGGAAAAAUGAAUCUCGCCGACAAAUGUUACGAUGUGGUCAGAUUACUAUUUCUACCAGAUACAAAUUUGAAACAGAUUCCCGUUCAUCUGUAACUGACACGGGUAUGAUAUUUUUUGGACAGUAGAAAGCAAAUAAUAUAAUUUUGGGACACGUGAAACGUCUUUCCACAUGAUAAACCGCUUCUGCUACCUUCGUCGAGAUUAAAUUCUUCAAUUGGAGCAAUUAAAUUGCCGCCUGAGGCUGUGAAAAUGAAUUUAAUACGCUGCUGAGAUCCGAAUGCUUGACAAAUCUUGACAAAUGUACUAGACGUGUUGGCAGUAGUGCUCAUGAAUUGAAAUAUGGUUUAUUAAAACAUUUGUUUAAUUUCCCAGUGUAAAUGGGCAACUGGUUCGUUUUAUGAUUCCUCAACUUUGAUGGUGUUGACGUCCGGAUCAGAAUCAGGGUAUAUUACGAAUUAUUUUUAACAACCUUGGAUUAUACGUCGUAUGAAUUAAGAAGGGUUUUAGUGGAUUUUAAAGGACGUUAAUGAAAUAUGGUUUGUGCAAGUCUACAAAAGUGUACAAAGCUGAAUUAAAAGUGACAGUUACAUUUUAUUAAAUGGUACUUUUCAGGAAAAAUGUCAUAAAAUAAUCAGAAUAUUCUUAAGUGCAACGGGAAGGGUUUUUGUUCGCUGCUGAAUGAUACGUCUUUUAACCGCGUGUGAGACUAAACGAUGUGGCGGUUCGCGUAGGUAGAACGUGGCAAGUUACGACCGGACAGAGUGGUGCCAGGGGGUGGAGGCAUGGGUUGCACCCCAAGCUUCCUCCAUCAUCACCACCACUACCACCACCAAACCACUACCACCAGCAGCAACAGUAACCAUCGCAAUGGAUCAGCCGAAGACACGGAAGUCGCUCCCGCUGACAGCACAAGUAACAGCACCCACAUGACUUCAGGUUCUACUAGUUCACCUAGAAGUUUGAGGCUGUUCAAGAAGUCGAAGGUUGAUAAAACCGUAAAGUCCAGCAAAUCUACUACUCGAGCCGUUCAAAACGUUCUACUGGCCUUUGGAAGUGACGAUUUACAAGGCGAUGCCAUUUGUUCGGCAUGUGAGGAGCUGGGAUAUGAAUUCAGUUUGGCAAGCACUAGGGAGACCGUGUUAGAAGCAUUCCAGGCGACGAAUCACGAAAUUGUUGUCAUAGAUACCAGGAAUCCUAAGAUUAUUGACGGCGAAUCAAUAUGCAAGGCUCUACGUUCCCUGAAGACAGCUCAGUACACUGUUAUAGUUGGAGUUGUACGGAGAAGUACCACCGAGAAAGAAGAUUCAAGUGUCGCCCCAUUGCUCAGUAUGGGAUUCAACAGGGUGUUCACGGAGACCUACAGCUUGGUGCAGUCCGUGAAUGAACUUCUCCAGCUGUACGUGAGCGAUGUUCAGCCGCGACUGCAGUUGUCCAGUGCACAGGCUGCGUACGUGGCACUUGAUAAAUGUAGUGACGUCGUUCACAUAACGGAUCAAAAUCUCAACAUCCAGUAUAUGAAUCGUUCAAGCGAACGUUUCCUGGGCUUCAGCAUGGAAGACGUUGCAGGGAAGUCGCUGUUAGAAGCGAACUCUGUGGAUAACAGAGAUUUGAUGGUGCAGCAAUUACAGCGGGGCCGGGAAUGGGAAGGAGUCAUAUCCUGGAGGCGGAAGACGGGCGAUUGCGUGGUUCUUAGUGGACGAGUCAUUCCAGUCUACAUUACGGGCAGGUCACCGACACAUUACGUCUUCAUACACGAGUCCCAGAGCGUGGCACUUGACAAGAGGAUAUCUGGGACUCUGGUCAAGAAUCCCGAACUUCCAAAAGGGACAAAUAAUAGAAAGGGAUCAGCUGACUUGAAGUCUAUAUCGAGUGAUGGUCUGCGCCGGCAAAGCAUAGCGAAACUGCACAACCUCUCAAUCGAAGCACCGAUAACAAAAGUAAUAGCACUGAUUACAUCUGUGCAAGAAAAUGCAAGUCUUGAAGACAUUCAAACUUUAGACAAGGUAAUAGAUAUUCUUCGCACCACGGAGCUGUACUCGCCACAGCUGAAGGACGACAAAGGCAAACCGGGAGACCCAGUAACGAACGAUUUGAUCGGGGCUUUGCUGUCGAGUGGCCCAGCUGUAACUCCCUUCGCUCGGCGUAGUUCAAGUGACUCGGGUUCGGUUUCGAGAAUCGGGUUAUCGAGAAGUACGUUCAAGCCAGUCAAUAUGUCUCAUCAGAUGAAGGAGCUCUUGGAUACGUCUCUGCUGUGGGAUUUUGAUAUAUUCAAACUUGAGGAACUCUCCUCUAAAAGGCCACUUGUGUAUCUGGGAAUGAAUCUGAUGAAUCAUUUUGAUGUCUCGUCGUCAUUGGGAUGUGAUGAGAAUGUCUUGCACAAUUGGCUUGUGAUCAUUGAGAUGAACUACAAUUCCAAGAACUCGUAUCACACGUCAACACACGCCGCCGAUGUCAUGCAAGCCACCGCUGGCUUUCUAGAGCGGGAGCGAUUAAAGCAGAUUCUUGAUCCUCUGGAUGAAGCUGUGUGUCUGGUAGCUGCAGCUGCUCACGAUGUAGAUCAUCCAGGAAAGUCAAGCGCUUUCCUCUGUAAUUCCAACCACGAGCUGGCUAUAUUAUACAAUGACUUGUGUGUGUUGGAGUCCCAUCACUCGGCUCUGGCCUUCAAGUUAACGAUGUCAGAUGAUCGAGUCAACAUUUUUAAAUGUUUAGAACGGGAUGUGUACAAAGCAGUUCGUCAGAACGUUAUUGACAUGAUACUUGCGACGGAGAUGACGAGACACUUCGAACAUCUGGCAAAGUUUGUCAAUGUUUUCUCAAUCAAGAAAGAAGAUGACAGCCCAGAUGGUGGACGAAGUUCUCCAGAUAUUGGUGUAUUGACUGCUCCCGAGAAUAUAACGCUGAUCAAGCGAAUGCUCAUAAAGUGUGCGGAUGUGUCGAAUCCGACUCGUCCCGUCAGAAUGUGCGUGGAAUGGGCUGUCAGAAUUGCUGAAGAAUACUUCAAUCAGACAGAUGAAGAGAAGGAGAACCACCUACCUGUUGUGAUGCCGCUGUUUGACCGUGCGACGUGCUCAAUACCUAAAUCCCAAAUAGGAUUUAUGGAUUUUAUCAUCAAUGACAUGUUUGAGACAUGGGAAGCAUUCAUAGAAAUGCCAGAGUUAUUGCAGAACAUGCAACAUAACUACAAAUUCUGGAAAGAGAAGGAGAAAUUCGGCAUUCACCGAAUACAAGACGUAAUCACGAUGCAGCGCACGUGGAAAGACUGACUCAUAGACGUCAUUUCUGUGUUCGUGUACAUGUGCGUGAAUGUAAGUUAUUGUGAUGUGGAUUUUAAGUUUGCGUGUGAAAUUUUUGAAUGUGAUAGCUACGCCAUCCCCCCAAGAGCCAAUGUUGAUUCUUCCGACGCCGAUUGCCAGAAAUAUAAAUUAACGGUGUACGGUGUAACCGAUUGUAAAAUGACUGAAUAUGUUUAUUUUUAAUGUUAAACUUUGAAAUAAAAAAAAAUUACAUUUAAGUGUUUCUGACAUGUAACUUGCAAUUCUAUCCGACAGGUGUUUAAAUGGUCUGUUGUGUCGUUUUUGACGGAUCGUUAUGUUGUUUUCUGGCCAAAGGAAAAGGUACGUUCUAAUAUGUAUGACGUAAGUGAAUUAUCUUUGAAUUUGGUGGUACAGAAAAUGACAAGGUUUUAAAUUAUUAAAAUUAAUCUAGACA